AUGGUGAGCCCAUACCCUCGCCUGACUUCCACCAGCGUCGUCGUCGUCUCCGUCAGUGUGUCGCCAACCCACUCCUUUUCCAAGAAACCCGUGCCAUCCAUCAGGCUGGUCCAAGGAUUAGGAGUUGAGGGCGAUGCCCACCUAGGACUAACGGUGCAACACCUGUCCCGGUUACAUAUCAAACCUCCUCCGCCCAACCUGCGUCAAGUACACCUUGUCCCCGCAGAAUUAUUUGACGAGGUAGCAUCCGGAAGCACCCCGCGAGUCCAGCCAGGCGAUCUGGGCGAAAAUGUGACCACUAAGGGUAUCGACCUGAAAAGAUUGUCUCGGGGCACGAGGCUUCGCUUUGUGUCAGCUACGGGCGGUGGUGCAAAGACGAAUGCGCCCACCGUGCUGGUGACGGGGCUACGCAAUCCCUGUCCUCAGAUUGACAAGUUCCAGACUGGGUUGAAGGAGAAAAUGCUCGUUCGAGACGAGAGUCGACAAAUUGUUGGUCGACGGGCUGGCGUGAUGGCGACGGUGGAAACGGGAGGGGAGAUCAUGCCGGGAAUGAGCAUUCUGGUGGAAGAGCCGGCCGUUCGGUUUCCCCUGGAGUGUGUGUAG